UGCUCUGACGAGGGCGCCUCGCCCAUUCUCACUGUCCUCAUGCCCGCGGGUACGGCUACGCUUGGUUUCUUCUUCCUCACUGCUCUUUCUCGAUUCAAAACUCCAAGGCCCUUCUCCCCUCCCCACCCUCCAAAACCCUACCGCAUCCUCCUCCACCGACGCCAUGGCGUCGCCUCGCUCUCAUGAUCGAUCCGACGUCCGUGACCCGGUGCUGGACAUGGUUUUCAAUGCGGCCUCCAACGACAACCUCUUCCUCUUCAAGGCGCUGGUCAUGAUGCUGGACAUGGGCAGGGGCCGCCCCAAGGAGGCGAUUGAGGAGUUGAGGGUGGAAGAUAAUGGGGAGUUUGAAGGUUUCAGUGCGCUGCACAUCGCGGCCAGUACAGGGAGUCUGGAGGUGUGCAGGCACCUCGUCGAGGAGCUGCUGAUAGAUGUGGAUCUGGUCGACAAGGAAGGUAGAACACCUCUGUUCUUUGCAACAUACCGCGAUGGGGGUACUGCCGAGUAUCUUCUUGAUCAUGGUGCUAAUCCAGACAAAGCCGAUAACAAUGGGUUUUCCCUGUUACAUUAUGCUGCUGAAAUAGGCAUUUGUGAAAUGAUAGAGCUUUUGCUUGCAAAAGGAGCUUAUGUUGACCCGGUAUCUGCUCGUGGAACACCACUUCAUGGUGCUGCUCGUGAAGGGCAUUAUGGUGCUGUGAAGAUUUUAUUGGACCACAAUGCAGAUUACAACAAGAUGGUAAAUGGUGUGACACCUCUUAUGGCUGCUAGAGAUGCCAACUCAACGGAAUGUAUCAAGCUCCUAGUUAAGGUUCAGGAGGAGCCUAUGCUUAAACGGGAAAUCGUGGCAUCAGAGCUUAUAUCACUAGGGAGUAUCUCUUUAAAGAAAAAAGAUUAUGUUGUCGCAGCAAAAUUGUACAGUCAGGCAAUGCAGCUUGAUCCUGAUGAUGCGGUCUUGUUCUCAGACAGGAGCCUUUGUUGGCUUAACAUGGGGAAUGGAAGAAAGGCUUUGCUAGAUGCUAAUAAAUGCAGAAAAAUGCGGCCUCACUGGCCAAAAGCUUGUCACCGGCAGGGUGAAGCUCUGAUGCUACUGAAGGACUAUGAGGGCGCAAGUGAACGGUUCUUGGAUGGACUCAAAUUGGACCCAGUGGACACUGAUAUCGAGGAUGCAUUACGGGAAGCUAUGAAGUCGUUGAAGACGUCUCGGAGCACCAAAGCCAAGUGACUAUUUGGGUGUUGCAGGGAAAUCAGUUGAAGACUUGAAACGGCUCAGGAGUUUCUUCAUUUGCGCAAAGACUGAUUUCCUUUAGAAAGUACUUUAGUGAUCUAAAUGCUCUUAUAUUUCUUUACAGAGGGAGUAAAAGUAGAGCGAUGUGUCUGAUGGGAGUAUUACCGUUGCAUGUAACUGACAAACACAAAAUACUACUGAGUGCGCUCACUCACAAAAACCGAACUUGGUUUCCGAGAUA